AUGUCAGAUAUCGACGAUUCGGACACCGAAUUCGAUGAUUUGCGGCUAGUUAGCUCCACCCCAUACAUCCCGGAUCUCGAAUUUCAAGAAGAUGAAAGAACUUUCGAGGCGAGAUUCACCGGAUCGUUCCUAGAAGCAAAUUUGUUUGGAGCAUCGAAAAAUGGAGGAUUCGGCGACCGUAACUCUUCGGAUGACGACGAGUCGAAAGAAAACGAGGAGAGAUUCGUUGGAUUAGAUUGGGACGCGAGUCGAAUUUUCAAAAACCUCGCCUGUCCGGAGAGCAAAAAUGAGAACAAUGUGUGCGUUCUUCGUCUUCACGACAUUCUCACGAAAUCCGAAAUGGGAAUUCAGUUGAUCACUCGACAAAUGAUGAAUGGCGGCCUCCGCAUCAACAGCUAUACCAGCGAGAAUCGUCGUGAUAUGGGAUUCGAAGAUUCUAGAAACGUCGAGAACCUGCACCGCAUGAUUCGAUCAAUUCGUGCCAAUAUGAAGAUCUUGCUGUUGGAAACUGAGGAUCUGGAGGAGUUGAUCUGUCCGAAAGUUCAUAGGAAGGAUGAUGGAUGUUCAAAAAAUUUGAAAUUCUGGAUUCCAGCUGUUGUAACUAUCCCUAUUGCAUGCUAUGUUUAUUCUCGAUAUAUUUGA